AGAUUACGUGCUUCUUAAGGGCAUGCGCGGAAGUAGCUUUCCUUUUUCAUCGUUGAGGCUUGACGGUGUCCAUCAUGAGUAGUAAAGUUUCUCGUGAUACCCUAUAUGAAGGAGUGAGGGAAGUACUGCUUGGAGCAAGACGGAAGAAGAGAAAGUUUCUGCAAACUGUGGAGCUUCAGAUCAGCCUCAAAAACUAUGACCCUCAAAAGGACAAGCGUUUUUCUGGAACAGUCAGGCUUAAGUCUACACCAAGACCCAAAUUUUCUGUUUGUGUUUUGGGAGAUCAGCAGCACUGCGAUGAAGCAAAAGCAGUUGACAUGCCACACAUGGACAUAGAAGCUCUUAAAAAGUUAAACAAGAACAAAAAACUGGUGAAAAAGCUGGCUAAGAAAUUUGAUGCAUUCUUAGCCUCUGAAUCACUGAUCAAGCAGAUUCCUCGUAUCUUGGGACCUGGCUUGAACAAGGCUGGAAAAUUUCCUUCCUUGUUAACACACAAUGAGAACUUGGUUGCAAAGGUUGACGAAGUAAAGUCCACCAUUAAAUUCCAGAUGAAAAAGGUCCUGUGUCUGGCUGUUGCAGUUGGACAUGUGAAGAUGAGUGAGGAGGAGCUGGUCUACAACAUCCACCUGGCAAUUAACUUCUUGGUGUCACUGUUAAAAAAGAAUUGGCAGAAUGUGAGGGCUCUUUAUAUCAAAAGCUCCAUGGGCAAACCACAGCGCCUGUACUAACUUUUGACAACAAUAAAGUGUUUUCAUAGGU